AUGAUGGCUGUUGGUGGCGUCGGUGCACUGCUAGCCCUGCCAACCGUUGUUUUCGGAGUUCUCGGCGAACUCGCCCUCCUCGCUGCCUUCUCUAAUAAACUGGUUCGAUCCGCCCGUCAACACAUCUUCAGUGCAUAUCAGUGCGUAUUUGGAAUAGCCUUCCUGAUAUAUUUUGGAAUAAAUAACCUGUUUCUCACAAAGGGACUACUGUGGCUCGGUUAUGAGCCCAUAUUUCUCGAAUAUUCUCAUACAUAUGCCUGUAAAACGUCCCGAUUUCUCAAAUGCUUCAUCUCAGCCACAGUUUCAAAUAUCCUUUAUGCGGACGCUAUCAAUCGAGCCAUGGCGAUAAAGGCAAAGUGUUACCAACCGGUCACUACGACUAAAUGUUUUGUGCUUUUGUGCUGUUGUGUGAUUGGUGGUUUUGUAGCUGCUGUGCCCAAUUUCAUAAUAUCCAACAUUUGGCUUAUAGAUGGAAGGUACAUUUGUGGAAAAGAUCCCGCCUGGUCACAGUCAACCGUCCUUUGGACUACAGUCCAUGAGACCCUUUUUGCAAAUGGUUGCGCACAAGCUCUAUCCGUCCUCUUCCUCAUCAUGGCAAUGUCCAGAGAUGUGGGUAAACUGGAUAACACCAUAGACUACUUGCACACGGCGCACAAGUUGCCGGGAACACUCACAGAGACUGUUUUCCAGGUCACGUUUCUCUUACGUGAGGCUCGGCGUGACGCCUGGGUUUGCAUUAUCUUCAACAUGAGCCUGGCAAUUCUCAUGUUUGUAAGAGGAGUCAUACGUGGUUUUCUCGAUUGGGAAAUCUACAGUAAGUUUGAGGACAACGGCAGAACUGAUGGUGUACUAAGUUUCUAUAUGAUCAUUGCCCUGGAGGAUCUGGUCAUCUACCUCAUGAUGAUUGUCUUUGCCUACCACUUUUGGCUCUUCUUCUUCUACGUGCCUGCCUUCCGUACCUGGAUAUUUGGCGAGACAAAAGACACAGUAGGCGGCCUCCGGCGAAAGCUGGAGCCCUUUCUGCCGAUUAAUCCGGACGAGGAAUAUUACCAGGAGAACUGGGACGCAGGGACUUUCUAUCUUCAGAAUGGUAAUCCCGUCCUUUACCAACGUAUGGUUCAACUCGAUAAGAUAAUAAAUGAAGCGCAGCGGGAGGUUUCUCGUCCCACUGGAGGCACAGAUGAACUUAGGAUAAGUCAAAUUGAUCGCAAGAAGAAGAAGUAA